AAAGUUUUUUCUGAAAACCAUUGUGAACCAUUGGCUGUGUGCUCGCUCCCAUCCGUUUGCAUCACUGUAAUGUUAGAGGACGGGACCGCGCCUGGGAGCUGUCCCAGUCAUCAUGGUGCUGAAACCACAGCAAGAGCAAGCAUCCUCCGGCUCAGUUAAGGGAACCAACCAUGCUAUACCGUAUGAUUACGGAUUGUCCUGAGCGACCUCAACCAAGACAGUUCUUCAUCGAAGACGGGCGACAGUGUCAGCCAAAAUAUUCCGAAAGACAGGAGAGAAUGUCAUGACAAAAAAGCACCGAAGAAAGAGAGAAAGGCAACGUUUUUCUCGCUGUCGCUUGUGGAUGUGAUGUUUCGGGAUUGUGUGAUAUAUUGUCUUCUCCCUUACAAAAUGCCUGUAAAGACUACUUUCAAUCUUUCGGGAUUGGGAUAUUCUGUGAGUAAGAAAGAACGACUUGUUUGGUCCACGAAAACGGAGAUAAACCACUGUUACGGAUAAAGAAUUACGGCACAUGUUGGCACCUCACCUUACCGUGGUAAACGAGAGGUUCUUUCGCCAAACCUGGAGGGUCAUUUUUGCAACCGAUAAACUAAAGAUAUCGACAGGAUUGUAUAAAACGUGCAGCAUCGGAUAUAAACGUGUAGGCUACUGUUUGGGGGUUAAGCCCAUUUUCUCUGCUAGACACAAACCUAUUACAAACAAGUAGCCUAGCCCGAAAAAGCUCAGUAUAACAUCAGAUAAAAAUCGCGUUGCCUACCUCGUUUAGUUUUUGUCACAACCAUGCAAGGCACUCCUUGCUUCAUUAGGCUUUAAGGUGUUGUCAAAUGAACAGUUCAUGUUAAUCACAUUAACGUGACAUUAAAGUGUUUUACUUCAGUAACACAAAUAAAGAAGGAAACCUCUAUUGCUGAUUUAGGCCUAAAAAUCUGCCACGUUGUUUGAUUUUCUCUUUAUGAUUAGCUUAUUCAAACGUCGAACCAGCAACCUGACAGGUUUUGUCUGAAUCAACGUGUGUGCUAAAUGUUACACGAGGCGUGUAGCCUGUUUGCUAAAGAACCUGUUGUCUGCUUCCUUCCGAACGUAGAACCCACGUCAAACACAAACAAUUAACGACCAAUUGCAUUCGAGUGAACCCGUAAGAGGAAAGAGGAAAAAGUUGACAGCCAGCUGAAUUUGCUAUGCUAGACAGAAGAUAUUCUUCCACGAUAAUGUUACCUUCACUGAAACCGUAAGUUUUGCCAUCCUUGAGAGGUUAACUUAAAUAGAUCUACUCAAUUCUCAUCAUAAUUAAAACGGGCACAUGUUGUUGGAUAUCAGUGUUAUUUUAUGGUGCCGGCUAUUGUUGAGCCGCCGCCAGGGCAUGCAGAAAGGCCGCUGUUGCGUCUUGUUCAGUGACCUGAAGGUUUUCCUGCUCAGGCCACCAACACCGUCGGCACCGCCGCCAGCGCUCCCACUCAUGAGUGUACAAAACACGGAGAGCCAUGUGACGGCCGGCGCCGUGGAGAGGAACAACUCUUCAGCGGAGGCCACGGAGAGCAGCAACGGUUGUUUACAUAAUCCAGCGGGUUGCACAGAGCACCUGUCGUCAAGGGAAGAUGUUGGGACCAAGGAGGAAAUGGGAGGAGAGGCGUGGGAAAGCACAAUGGUGGAGUCGCCAGAUAAUCUGGAUUGCGGCAGUUUCUCAGAGGACUAUUCUAAAGAGAAGUAUGACGACCGGACAUCCAUGUUCAGCUGUACAGACAGCGGUGUAAGGUCUCCCUUAUGCCGGAUCUGUUUUCAGGGCCCUGAGCAGGGGGAGCUGCUCAGCCCGUGCCGCUGUAGCGGGUCGGUGCAGUGCACACACGAGCCGUGCCUCAUCAAAUGGAUCAGUGAGAGAGGCUCCUGGAGCUGCGAGCUCUGCUCCUACAAGUACCAUGUCAUCGCUAUCAGCGCCAAGAAUCCACUGCAGUGGCAGACCAUCUCUCUGACAGUGAUUGAGAAGGUGCAGAUCGCAGCGGCGGUGCUGGGCACUCUCUUCCUCCUGGCCAGCAUCUCGUGGCUGGUCUGGUCCUCGCUCAGCCCCUCGGCCAAGUGGCAGCGGCAGGACCUGCUCUUCCGGAUCUGCUACGCCAUGUAUGGCUUCAUGGACCUGGUGUGCAUCGCUCUGAUCAUCCAUGAGGGCCCGUCUGUGUUCCGCAUCUUUAACCGCUGGCAGGCGGUCAACCAGCAGUGGAAGGUGCUCAACUACGACAAGAUGAAAGACACGGACGAACACCAGAAAUACGGGGCCAGCCUACGGACCCUCGCCUUCCCCGGCCCCCGCGGCGGGGCGCCCCCCAACGGGGUCCCCGGCACGGCCGAGGGCUCCCCUUCAUCCUUAUUCUCCCUCAUGGCUGCCACGGUGACACCCACAGCGACGGCAGUGCCCGUGGACGGGGCAGCCGGCCCGGAGAUGCAGGACUCAUCGGAGCCAGGCAACCACUGUGCGUACAACAUCCUGCAGCGGCUCAGCCAGCUUAGGAAGCCCGAGCCGCAGCCGCAGCCGCAGCCGCAGCCGCAGCCAAGGGAUCCAGGCAACCGCGAGCUGGUCAUGAGGGUCACUACUGUCUGAGGAUGCGGCCGAGGUCUUACCCAACAUGCCCUUCACCACAGAAGUGCCACCCACCCACCCUGUCUGUCUCGGCUCCUUGCCCUUUAUAUGAGAAAAACAGUUUUACAUGAAUGCAGAAAACAGGAAUAAAAGAUUCAAAUUUGGGUGGAGGGUGUGGGCGGGUAAAAUGCCUUUUUUUUUUUUUUUUUUAAGAAGCCUGAAAGUAGUGGUUGAAGACAGGUGAUGUGUGAAAAGUCUUGUCUUGUAGUCAGAGAUUCCAAUUGUGGUGGAAAAUUGAGUAGCAACGAUAUUUACAGAAUGCUGAGAUAUAAAUGUCUCUGUGCUCAUCCUGCCAUAGUGACUGCUGUUGUCACAGAUCCUCCAGCAGGCCAAUGUUUCAUGCUCUAUCAGCAGUUCAAGCACAAACCUACAGGACAAUCCAGGUACAAAACACACACACCAACAUGUCUGAAGUCCUAUGUUGAUGAACGCUGAGUCUUUAUCUGUUAAACUCAGUGCUUCUCAGGGUACCAAGUGGAAAAAGUUUUGAAAUUGCAUAAAAUUCAUGCACACAAUUUCAAGCAUGUACCUCUCCCAAAUAUCUGCUGAACCGAACAGGCUACCUGAAAAGGGAUCUAUCUUUAGUGGCGCAUUGUAUUGCUUAUUGUCUUAAAUGGUUGAAUUGUCCUUGAAUGAAAAAGAGAAAAUAAGUCCUUGUGUAGGCCAAAGACACUCACAUGGUGACAUUUUGAUUGUUCCAGCUGGUUGUUGUAGGGAGUUGCAGGGGGACCAUGGUUGUGGUGGCAUUUGGAAAGGUUUCCUUUUUAGGCUGUGUGUUGCCAUCAAAGUGACAAACCGUGACAAAGAUUACCAUGUCAGGCCAACACCACUGAUGGGACUCAAAUCUGAGCCUUGUUUUGUUUUCCUGUUCUUUUGUAAAAUAUGUGCAUAAAUGUAAAAAAAAAAAAAAAAAAAACAUUGCUACAUUAAAAACAGUUCAUGACUAAAUGUUGUACUGCUGAAUUGUCUGAUAAAAAGCCAGAGGUGAUGGAUGGAGACAGAAUUGGUUGCAUCACUUAAUCUUCUUGACCGGCAGCAACAAAAAAAACACUUCAAAGUUGGCAGAGCUGUGGAAUCUUCCAGAGCUUCAGUUGUGUCAUAGCUGGCUCCUGUUUACCCACAGAACUCUAAUGAAGGUCCAAUUCAAUUAGAGCAUUUUUUUGUGUGCUUUUAGCCUUUGAGAAACACAUUUGGAAUGUCUGAGCAUACAAUCCAUCCACCCUGAAGAAUUCCAACGAAGACUAUAGUCUACCAUCCUUCUAUGUUAUUAAUUAUUAAGGUUGUCAAUAAUCGUCUUCUCUGCACCAUUUAAAGUUACAUGCUAGUGUAUAAUAACUUUGAGCCAGGGGCAGGAAGCCAACCCUAUUCACAGCCAUAUACACUUCUUCUGAGUUUCCUGGUAAACUAAUCCAAAUUAAAAUACGUGACUGCAUAAACAAACAAAAAACAGAGCCUAGGUGGUGAAGUAGAUACCAGAUAUGAUUGCAGAAUCAGAGUUAGACCCCCUGGUGUUGAGUCAUAAGUGUGAGAUCAACAGUGUCAACUCAUCCACUGGGCCUGCAGCCCUGUCAA